AUGAUGAAGGAACCUGGCUCUAUGCGACAAGCGUACGCCACAUCAAGGGACCUAGAUGUCGUACUUGAAGAGAAUGAAGCUGGCGUUUCAAUGUCACAAGGAGGCAUGAGCUACUUGGAUCAAGUUCUAGACCCAACAAUGUCCAACUCGCUUAGCUUCUUGAGAGGUGCACAUACGAAGACGACAACCACGUCUAGUUCAGCAUACCACGAUAUCCCCACUACCUCUUCCAUGGAUACGACUCGUUCUACUCUUCCAAUGCGACGUGCACGUGCUGGAACUAUGCCAUCCAUGGUGCAUUUACCAGAGGAACGUGCCCAUCGAUCUCCUUUACUUCGACCUUCAGCAGCAGCAGCAGUAGCAGCAGCCGAUACUCGUCAUCGUUCAGGAUCACUUAAUCUCCCUGUGCCCCCUCCAUUGACUAUCUUUGGCUCCUCAUGGUCUUCUGGUAUGGAUGUUAACCAACAACAACAAGAACAGAAUCAACAGCAACAACAGCAACAAGUGCGUUCUUCGUUGCCAUCCCCUGCCACUGAGCAAUUGUUACGUGGUGAUAGAGAUUUCAGCAUUGCGCGUACUUUACGUUCUCUUGGAUUGGAAGAUGAAAGCAAUGUCCCCACUGGUGCUGGUGCUGGUGCUGCCCCUGCUACUACAGCUACCAAUAAUGGAUUGUAUCAUCAUCAUCACCAUCACCAUACUCCUUAUUCUCAGCAUCAUCAUCAUCGUCAAGAGCAACCACCUGCACCUGCUACAGACAUCCUAGUCCCAGGAACCCAAGGUCGUUCACUUUUAUCCGGCAAUCGUAGUCGCUCUUAUUCAGUCAAUGCAGCGAGUCGUUAUCAGGAUCGUACAAUACCUGCACACAUUGCUCCACCAUUGGCUCCUCAAGCUGCAACCCAACCACCCACUACAACACCAGCAGCACCACAACCACCCACCACUUCUCCUCCCAUGCGUACUACUCGUGCACGUGCUAGUACUUUUGCCAACCCACUCGAUAGUUUGACAGUUCAACGCAAUCGACCUAGAGCUUCCAGCAUGGGACGUAUGGAUUAUGAUCGUGGCAUGAAUCCUCCUUCUUCUCUUUGGCAAAUGCAACUUCCCACUCUUGAUUCAGUCACAGAUGAUGAAUCAUCUUAUGUUGAUCGUGAAUUUGCUACCAAGCAACCAGAGUCUUCAUUGUCAUUGGGUGAUUCAGAAUUAUUGGCCAACAUGCUUCACACGCAACAAGUUUACAAUGACACUAUUCCAUCUGAGCAACAUCAAGAUACCGUGUAUAUGAAUGGCAAUGGGGUGCCUGAGCCAUAUCUCCAUUAUAGCCAAUCGACGCCCACGUUCCGUAAUCACCAAGCUCAGAUGAUGCCUUCCACUAGCUCACCCACUCAAACAGCUACUCGCUCCUUGUGGAUUGGCAAUAUCGAUUCAACCGUCACCAUUGAAAACUUGACUCAGCUCUUCUCAUCCUUUGGUCCUAUUGAGAGCGUGCGUUUGCUAUUGGAGAAGGAAUGUGCAUUUGUCAAUUUCUUCCAUGUCGAGGAUGCUGUGCGUGCCAAGGAAGAGGUGCUUGGAAGAUUAGGUGGUCGUGUCGGCAACUGUAUCGUACGUAUUGGUUAUGGAAGAGCUGAUGCUGCUAUCCCUGAUACCACAGCACUACAACCUACACGUGCUCUAUGGCUUGGCAAUAUCCCUUCGGGCAUGGCUCCGUCCACUUUGCAGCACAUUUUUUCUUCCUUUGGUGCCAUCGAGUCUGUGCGUGUACUUUCACACAAGAAUUGCGGCUUUGUCAACUUUGAGCAAGUCGAUAGUGCAUCCAAGGCUCGUGAAGCAUUGCUCCAGAAUGAGAUUGGUGUUCAAGGUUUUGCUGGUGUGCGUGUUGGAUUUGCCAAAGUCCCUCCAGCCAAGACAGGUGCAGCUAAUGAUGGUAUUACCACUACUACUUCUGGAGUUGUAAACGCCAACAGCAGCAAUGGUGUCACCAAAUUACAUGGCGAUAAUGAUCGUGCGACCAUGGAAGAUGGCAAUUCGUGGCUCACUGACCUUUGGAGUAUCAUGAAAGAAUACGGUGCUGAAGACAAGGCUUUGAACUUGGUAAAAGCACUUGAAACAUCAUCUGGCUAUUUCGAAUCAAUCCCACCUGUCCCUGAAUUUGGUGCUACAAGGAAAUUUGAUGCCGCUCGUUUGCGUGAGAUCCGUAAAAAGUUGGAUAAUGCAGGUCAUGGCACCAAGGAAGUGGAGACCAUUGCAUACGAUUGUAUGGAUGAAAUUGCUGAGCUAAGCAGCGAUUACAUUGGCAAUACGGUUGUCCAACGACUUUUCGAAAAGUGCACAGAGGAUACCAAAGCUGCUAUGCUCAAACGCAUUGGACCUCACAUGGCAGCCAUCAGCGUACACAAGAAUGGAACCUGGGCAGCACAAAAGAUUAUAGACACAAUCAAGACACCUGAACAGAUUCAUCUCGUGUGCACUCAUUUACGUCCCUAUGUACCUCCAUUGCUAUUGGAUCAAUUUGGCAACUAUGCUGUGCAAUGCUGUCUUCGGUUGGGUGAUGGCAACAACCAAUUCAUCUUUGACGCAAUGGUCGAGAAGCUUCUCAAUGUCGCACAAGGUCGAUUUGGUGCUCGAGCCAUGCGUGGCACUUUGGAUAAUCAACACGUCACAUUGAAUCAAAAGAUCUUUGUUGCAGCCGCUUUGACUCAGAAUGCUUUGUCACUUUCAACCAAUCCUAAUGGUGCCUUGCUGCUAUCGUGGUUGAUGGAAUCAUCCAAUCUUGAAAAGCGACAUUUACUGCUUGCCAAGCGCCUCAAACCACAUUUAGUACAAGUGGCCACACACAAGCUCGGAUCACAGACAUUGCUCAAGCUUGUUAAUCAAGAUAAUGAAGAUGAGGCACGAAGAGUCGUCUUAGAAGCUAUCACCGACAAGGACGCGUUACAAGAGAUUGUUUCCGAUUCAGUGCGUGGUUCGCCCUUAAUCCAAAAGAUAAUUGCGAGCUCUUAUAUUUCGGAGGAACAACAGGAGCAACUCGUUGACCAAGUGUGUCCUCUUCUUGGCAAGUUACAAGGUCCAGGACAUAAGAAAUUAUUGGAUGAGCUCGAGAACAACAUGAACAACAACAAUAGCGAUCACCAUAGUCAGUAA